GAGCCGCCUCGUCAUUUCCGCCAGGAGAAAAAGACACCGGCGCGGCAGCCGCGGCCGCGGAGAGCCGCGGGAGCCGCCGGGCAAGGCACAGCCGAGCCGAGAGGAGCCAGCCCUCUGACCCGCCGCCGCCCGGGAUCCGAGCUCUCGGCGUGGCCGGGAGCCGCCGCCGCUGCCCGCGGGUCCACGGGGGCGGGAGGCGUCGGAGCGUACCACCGCCUCUUCCCCCUUCCUCCUCCUCCUCCCCCUCCCCGCCGAGCCGGCAACAUGAACUGAAAUCCCCAGAGAAGCACAGAGGCGGCGAGCGAGCGAGCGGAGCAGAGCGCAGCGGAGGCAAGCGGGGAUUUAGCGGAGCUCUCCUCCUCCUGCCGCCGCCGCCGCGGCUCCGGGCAGCGCGGUCCCGCCGCUCCGCACAGCCUCGCCCCUCGCCCGGAGAGCGGCGGCCGCCCGCGCCCUGCGCCCCCGAGCUCCCCAUGGCCCUCAUCAUGGAGCCCGUCAGUAAGUGGUCGCCGAGCCAAGUCGUCGACUGGAUGAAAGGUCUUGAUGACUGCCUGCAGCAAUACAUAAAGAACUUUGAGAGAGAGAAGAUUAGUGGCGACCAGCUACUACGCAUUACUCAUCAAGAACUUGAAGAUCUUGGAGUCACACGAAUUGGCCAUCAGGAACUUAUCUUGGAAGCAGUAGACUUGCUCUGUGCACUGAACUAUGGUUUGGAAACAGAAAAUCUAAAAACCCUUUCUCACAAACUGAAUGCAUCUGCCAAAAAUCUGCAGAACUUCAUCACUGGGAGGAGGAGGAGUGGUCACUAUGAUGGAAGGACCAGCCGCAAGUUACCAAAUGAUUUUCUGACAUCGGUAGUGGAUCUGAUUGGAGCAGCUAAAAGUCUGCUGGCUUGGUUGGACAGAUCACCUUUUGCUGCUGUCACAGAUUACUCAGUAACAAGAAAUAAUGUCAUACAGCUCUGUCUGGAACUAACAACAAUAGUACAACAGGAUUGCACAGUAUAUGAAACAGAGAAUAAAAUUCUUCAUGUGUGUAAAACUCUCUCUGGCGUCUGUGAUCACAUUAUCUCACUCUCUUCUGAUCCACUGGUUUCCCAGUCUGCCCACCUUGAGGUGAUCCAGCUUACAAACAUCAAGCCAAGUGAAGGGCUGGGUAUGUACAUUAAAUCAACAUAUGAUGGUCUCCAUGUAAUUACUGGAACAACAGAAAAUUCACCUGCAGAUCGGUGCAAGAAAAUCCAUGCUGGGGAUGAAGUGAUUCAAGUUAACCACCAAACUGUGGUGGGGUGGCAGUUGAAAAAUUUGGUGAAUGCACUACGAGAGGAUCCGAGUGGUGUUAUCUUAACUUUGAAAAAGCGACCUCAGAGCAUGCUUACCUCAGCACCAGCUUUACUGAAAAAUAUGAGAUGGAAGCCCCUUGCUCUGCAGCCUCUUAUUCCUAGAAGUCCUACAAGCAGUGUUGCUACACCAUCCAGCACUAUCAGCACACCUACAAAAAGAGAUAGCUCUGCCCUUCAGGAUCUCUAUAUACCCCCGCCUCCAACAGAACCUUAUGUUCCAAGGGAUGAAAAGGGAAAUCUCCCAUGUGAUGAUGUUGGCAGACAUAUAGUGGGCAAGCCGGUUCAUACAGGAUCCGAAUCUCCAAACUCAUUUCUUGACCAGGAAUAUCGGAAACGCUUUAAUGUGGUUGAAGAAGAUGCAGUUCUGUACUGCUAUGAAUAUGAGAAAGGAAGAACAAGUGGUCCUGGAAGGAGAGAGAGCACACCAACAUAUGGGAAACUAAGGCCUAUUUCUAUGCCAGUAGAAUAUAACUGGGUGGGGGAUUAUGAAGACCCCAAUAAAAUAAAAAGAGAGAGUAGGAGAGAAAAUUCAUUGCUUCGCUAUAUGAGCAAUGAGAAAAUAGGUCAAGAAGACUACAUGUUUCAGAGGAAUAGCAAAAAAGAUACUGGGAAAAAGUCCAAAAAGAAGGGAGACAAGAGUAGUAGUCCAAGUCAUUAUUCGCUGUUGCCUAGUUUACAAAUGGAUGCAUUGAGACAAGAAGUCAUGGGCACACCUGGACCAGAAACUGCUUUGUACCACACAUUUCAGCAGUCUUCUCUACAGCAGAAAAGUAAAAAGAAGAACAAAGCUCCUAUUCCAGGUAAAAGCAAAAGAAGGAUCUCAUGUAAAGAUCUUGGUCGAGGGGACUGUGAAGGCUGGCUUUGGAAAAAGAAAGAUGCCAAGAGUUAUUUCUCCCAGAAAUGGAAAAAAUACUGGUUUGUCCUGAAAGAUACAUCUCUAUAUUGGUAUAUCAAUGAAGAGGAUGAAAAAGCGGAAGGAUUCAUCAGUCUACCCGAAUUUAAAAUUGACAGAGCCAGUGAAUGCCGCAAGAAGUAUGCAUUCAAAGCCUGCCAUCCUAAGAUCAAAAGUUUUUAUUUUGCUGCUGAACAUCUAGAUGAUAUGAACAGGUGGCUAAACAGAAUUAACAUGCUUGCUGCUGGCUAUGCAGAAAGAGAGAGGAUCAAACAAGAGCAAGAUUACUGGAGUGAGAGCGAUAAGGAGGAAGCUGACACUCCGUCAACACCCAAACAAGACAGCCCACCACCCCCGUACGACACAUACCCGCGGCCUCCUUCGAUGAGCUGCACAAGCCCUUAUGUGGAGCCAAAACAUAGCCGGCUCUCGUCCACGGAGACCUCCCAGUCGCAGUCGUCGCACGAGGAGUUCCGUCCGGAGGCGGCGGGGAGCGCCACCGACUCGCCGGUGCGCAAGACGGCGAGCCAGCGGCGCUCCUGGCAGGACCUCAUAGAGACACCACUGACGAGCUCAGGGCUCCACUACCUGCAGACGCUGCCACUGGAGGACUCUGUGUUCUCCGAGGUGGCCGUGGUCUCGCCCGAGCACCGGCGGCAGUCCACCUUGCCCACCCAGAAGUGCCACCUGCAAGACCACUACGGCCCCUUCCCCCUUGUGGAGGGUGAGCGGAUGCAAGUGCUGAAUGGGAAUGGGGGAAAGCCCCGGAGUUUCACUCUGCCUCGGGAUAGCGGCUUCAACCACUGCUGCCAGAGCCUUUCAGUUGGUGCCGCCGAUCACCAUGAAGAAGCACAGCAGAAGGAGGUGGAGGAGGAGGAGGAGGAAGAGGAGGGCAAAGCAGCAGAAGAAAACCAGGAAGAUAAAAUUGAAACUAUAAAGGAAAAAACAGCAGACUCCUUGCAAGAUUUGUACAGAGCCUUGGAGCAGGCCAGCCUGUCUCCUUUAGGAGAACACCGGAUUUCCACUAAGCUGGAGUAUAAGCAAUCUUUUAUAAAGAGAUGUAGCGAUCCAGUAGUCAAUGAAAAACUGCACCAGCUGCGAAUUCUGAAAAGCACUUUAAAGGCCAGAGAAGGAGAAGUAGCCAUUAUAGAUAAAGUUCUGGAUAAUCCAUCUUUGACAUCUAGAGACUUUCAAGAAUGGAAACAAAUGUACCUUGAUCUCUUCAUGGACAUCUAUCAAAGCAGCACCCCAAGGGACUCUGUUAAUGGCUCGUCUGAGGUUGAUGCACUUAUAGCCUCCUUAGCGCACACUCACUCUUACAUUGAAACACAUGUAUAAAGGUCUCUCUUUUUGCCCAUUUGCUACACUCCAGCCCUUUACUUAAGUGCAUAAAGUAGUUUUUAUAUCAAUAUGUGGGAGCGCUAGUAAAUUAUAUUUUAAUGUUACUCAGCUGUGUGAAGUAAACCUUCAAUGGUCAACAAUACCACGUCUUUAAUGAGGAUUUGUAUAUUUUGUAUGCUACCAAUGCUCUGCUUGUGUUUACCUUCUGUGAAAUAACAAAAAUAAUCUUUAGCUAUUAAAGAAAAGUAUUUAAAAGCAUUUUUGGAAGACUGUGGCCUUCAAGGAGGAAGUUCCACAAGCUAGGGUUUUGUUAUCGAAGGUUGCUUUUACAAUGAUAUUUUAUAUUAUAUAAUUCCAGUAUUGCAUUGCAUUUUUGGAGUGCGGGUACUAUUUUGGUGGUGGGAGAAAACCAAUUUUUAUAUUUAAUGAGAAACUCUAGGAGUUUUCUUAAAUAACAGGGAAAAAGUGUAAUGCGGCGCUUGUGUUUCAGUUUUGUCAAACACACAAAAGGGGGAAAAUCAGCAGACAGAAAUGACUGAUGGGAAUUUAAGUAUCAAAAUGUUAGGUCUUAUUUCCUUGUGCUUUUGUAAAGCCUGUUGCUAAGAUUUACUAUUGGUGCAAAGGGAUGCUGGUUUGUAUGCUAAUGAAGACCAAAUUAUGUGUUGGUUGUCUCUUAACCACAUUUGGUUGAUUUUUUAAAAAAUUAGUCAUGGUACUGUCAUUUAUGCUGCUUUUGUACUGAAGGUAUCAGUAUAAUGUGUAGAUUUUGCAAAGGAGAAGAUGUGGACUUUGAACAUCCUCGAUAGCUGCGUUUCUCUUGCCCAGAAAAGCAGCAGUGGAAAAGGUUCCCAAAGAAAUGCUCCGAAUCUGAGAAGCUUUGAAAAUUCCCACAAUAGAAAAGGAAUGAAUAGGAUUUUUCAAGCAGUCUCUUAUGUGUUUUCUGAGCUGUGAAAUUUGGCUGUAUUGUAUGCAGGGAAAAUAUGUGAUGGGAGCAGAGUUGAGCACAGAACCUGAAAAAUAAGUGAGGAGUAAAAAAGCCUCUGGUUUGCUUUUGAAGGGGAAGGGAUGCCUCUGGGUUCUGCUGAGUUCACAAGCCAAUUAAAAUGUUUUAAACUUCCAUGAGAUGCAAGAUAUGCUGGAGACAACUCAGUGAAUAUGAGUAGAAAUAGCUCCUUAGAGCUAGGCACAGGCCUGGAAUAGGAAAAUGGGAGGGAAACCUUAAAUCACAUUUUUACAUUUUAUGGGCUUGUUUUUGAAAAGUGAUCAGAGCAUGACAAAAUAUUUCUGCUGCUUUUCAGUAUUUUGCUGCAUAAGUUAGGACUCACAAUGAUUUAAUAAUGCUCAUGUGAAAGGGAAAAGCCUCCUUUACACUCUUUACAGCGAGUUGUACUCUUAACCAACUUUAGACUAUUGCCUGUACAGCUCAGUGAAUGUACUUUAUGAGCUCUGAUAUUUCCUGGCAGUUAUAUCCAUGAAGGGUUGAAGGAAAGAAUGGAUAGAUUUACCUUCUCUUUCCUCCUUUCUUUCUUUCUUUUUAUUCCUCUAUCUCUCCCCCUUUUUUUCUCUCUUUCUCCUCUUUCUCUCUUUCUUUUUCUCUCUCUCUUUCUCUCUUUCUUUUUAUUUUACUGCAUUUGGAUUGCAAAUGUUUUGCAGAUUUUGCACAAUUGUACAGAAGAGUGGCCUUUCUGUAGCCCACUUUCAGUAAUCCUAUAUUCAAGUCGAUAUGGAUGACAAAUCAUGUAUUAACGUUUGUAUAGAAUUCUGGAUCUAGUGUAAUAUUUGUACCAUUAGAAGACUAUUGUUUGUAUAAACUGGACAUUUAUUUACUGCAUGGGUACUGACUUGUAUAUUAAAUUUGUGAGGUUUUUUGUAAAUUUCUCUUAAAAAAUGCUUGACUUGAAAUGGGUUGUGCUAUUGUUCCAAGCAUUUAGAUUCUCUUGCUAUUGUUUUACUGGACCAAAAGUAAAUAUAUUCAUAUAAAAAAAACCUCUUUAUAUCUGAUGGAUGUAUAUGCACAUUGUGUAGUUGAUUCCUUGUCAAAACCAAGGCAGUUCAGAAGACUUAGAUCUGUUGCUAUGCAACAGCUAUUCUGCCUGCACUUUACAUUAGUAAAGUCAGCUUGAUUGCUUUAAAGGUGAAAAUUAAACAUUACAGUUUUUUAAGCUAGUUUAGUGACAAAGAACAUGUGUCCUCUCCAUUGUGCUGCCUUCUUUUAAGACUAUUAAAUGUUCUUCUAUAUAUAUUUUUAUUGUAUUAACUCUCAGCCUAGAAAGGGAACACUGUAAAAUGAAGUACAAUAAAUUUAGCUUUUAAAUGAA